ACUAGCAGCCGAGCCGACACGCGACAGCUGCGCUUCUGCUGUGUUUACGUUUUAAAAAUGUGGACGCUUCGCGAUGACGAUAACCGUCGGUUGUCAAAAUGCAUAGGCUUUCAUCGAUCAAGUACACCGUGUUUACUACAAUCAUAGUGAUUGGCAAUUCGAGUUGGCUCAUUUGUUAAUUUAAAGCGCGCAACGAUGAAGGAACCAGUGACGGGAACGGAGGAUAGCGUGCUCCGGAACAAGUUCGACGAUCAAAAUACCAUUUUACACGAAUACGAGGCUAUUGUUUCGAGUUUGAAAGAGGAGCUGACUAACUGCAAGCUGGAGCAGAGCAAGUUAAGGUUGGAGAUUGAAACGCUCAGAAAGGAAAAUCAGAAUGCCAGCGAAAGUAUACGACGUUCUCUGACAGAGUGCGAUCACCGAGUAUGCAAUGACAUUGCCUACGACAAAGAAGCCUACGCGAAUCUUGAAAAGCAAGUCACGAUUUUGCAGAUGGAGAAAGAUUCUGUUCUCCAACUCUGGAAAAUGGCUCUCAAAGCAAUUGAUGUUCUGGAAGAGGAGCUUAAAACUGUUCACAAGGAAGACAGGAAUACAAAGUUUUAUCAAGAGCAAAUCAACAACAUCAAAGAAACUUACUCCGAAGCUAUAAGAGCAUUAGAAGUCAAAUUGAAUGCUGCUAAAGAUAACUUCUUCCAGCAGCAGGCACUCUGGGAACAGAGUAAACAGAAAAUUGAUCAGCUGACGAGAGAAAAAAAUGAAAUUAGUCAACAGCUCAGUUUUUCCCAACAACAAACACUGGAAAAGGAGAAAAACUAUCAAGCUAGCAUAGAUCAUCUGAAAGAAAGCUUGAGCCACUUCAAAAGUGAGCUUGAACAGACAAAGCAAUCAAAGAUUGAUUUGGAAGAGAAACUGAAAAAUGCACAAAUUCAUGUAAAUACAAUGCUUGUAAAGGACCGUGAAGCUAAAUGUAAAGUAUCAGAUGCUGUAGAUUUAGUAGAAGCCACCAUGAAGGAGAAAGAAGUAGUUUUAAGAAGAGAAGCACAAUUGCUGGAAGAAAAAAACAGACUUGAAAAUCAGUUAUCUAAAUUAUCAGAAGAGUAUACAUCUCGUUUGGAAACUGAAGUACUCAAAGCCAAAGAAAUUUACAAUAAGAAUGUAAAAAAGUAUUUAUUAGAAAUUAAGGAAUUAAAAGCACAGAUGAGAGAACAAGCAACGUUACUAGAUAGAUCACAAAGAGAACUCAGAUUAGCAGAAGAAGAAUUAGAAAAAGCUAAGCAUAGCUCAGACAAUAAUAUUCAAAAGUCCAAUUUGCGAAUUUCUGCACUUGAACAAACCUUACAUGACAGGGAUUUGAGACUCCAGUCAGGUGAUAACUCCAGAGAAGUCGAUGAUCAUAUCAGAGAAGCAGAUGACCGUGCCAGAGAUAUUAUGGACAAGUGCCUUAAUUUUGAAAGACAAUUAUCCAGAGCACUCAUGGACAAAGAAAAUUUGUCAGCAGAUUUACAUGCAUUAGAAGCAUCCUUUCAAAAAGAAAUACAAAAAAGAAAUCAUGAAAAGAUGUUGCUUGAAAAUAAAGUUAGAGAUUUACAAGAAAAAGUUGUCAGCACUGAAAAUAUAGUUUCUGAAUCAAGAAUAUUGACAGACAACGUGUCAAGUAGAAGAAAUUUUGGACAGCAAACAUUGAUGAACUCUGAUUCAAGUACAAAUAUUCUGGCCCUACAAGACAAAUUUGAUCAAAAAACCAAAGAAUUAACGCAGCACGUUGAAACUCACCAAAAAUUAAGCAAUAAAUGGAAAGAAGAAGCUAAUUUACUAGCAACAAAGUUUCAAAAACGAACUCAACAGUUAAAAACAAAAAUAAAUUUAUUGCAAAAACAAAAUGAAGAGCUGGCAAAAGAAUUACUCUUUUACCAACAGCUACUAGCUAGAUGCAAUACCCAAAUGGUUCAAAACUUAAACAGAGAAACAGACACUCGGUGACAGUUACUGAAAGAAAAUCUACAUGAAGUAUUAAAACAGUCAUUUAAUUUAUUUAAAAAAUACAUACUUUGUUAUGUGAAACAAUAUUUUUAAUGAUAAUAUAUAGUUUCUUACGAUUACAUAUAUUUUUGUCUCAUUUCAAAAGUAUCCCUCUAGUUUAGGAAUUGCAUACCUUGACUUGAAAAUUUUAGGAACUGAAGAAUUUAAAAAAGUCCAAGUCAUUCAAAAAUAAUAAUCAAAAAGAAGUUAGAAGAAAGUU